AUGCUGGUGACCUAUUUGGAAGCCAGCCGGGACCUUUGCGAGACGGACUCGAUUCUCUUUGGAGCCGCAGUGGCAGUUUGCUGUAUUAUUGGCGCCAAAUUUCCCAUGGCUGGACCCGCUACUACACAAAGUAGCGCCAUCCCAGCCUGGAGAAAAAGAAUCGAGGACCGUAUCGCAAAGGCAAGGGCCCUUAUCGGCAGACUGACAAGCUUCAGGUCGGGUAAUAAUAGACCGAGGAUUGUGCGCACCGUAAGGAUGGCGUUUGCUGGGACAAAUAUCAGUUUGUCCCAGCCGGAUAUCACGCAGAAACUAACGGAGCGCAUAGACGACCUGAAGCAAAAGAUCGCUGCUUGGGGGACGCGGAUUCGACGAUUUUCCGAGGGGUCAAGGCGGUUCAACCAGAAUCGUCUCUUCCAGAGUGAUCAGAAGAGGCUCUAUAAAUCAUUGGAGCGACCAAAGAUAUGUGGAGCGGGCCAAGGACCGGAUCAGGCUGACAUUAUCGCAUUCUGGCGUGGCCUGUGGUCAAAGCCCGUAAACCACAGCGAGGGCCCUUGGAUGGAAGUUGUGGCGAGCCAGGGUGCGAGUGUUACGCCUAUGGACCCCAUCACCAUAACGCCAGAAGACGUGGCUGAGGCGGUCCGUAGGGCCCCGAACUGGAAAAGUCCGGGGCUCGACGGGCUGCAUCAUUACUGGCUGAAGGGGUUCAUAGUGUGUCACGCUGUGCUCGCCCGACAGUUUCAAGAGGCUCUCGACCAGAAGUCACUCCCGAGCCUCUUCACUACUGGGAUCACUCACUUGGUUCCUAAAGAUCAGGAUACCACAGACCCGAGCAAAUACCGCCCCAUCACGGGUCCGGGCGGCUUUAAUUUACCACAAUGGAAGUCGGUUCUGAGAAGCGUUCGUCGGCGAGGCGGGCCGAUUCCCCGACGAAAACAAACAGAAAAUAAUUAUCAUAAAGAUGAAGAGCGGCCGCUCGAACCUCGCCGCUGCUAA